AUGGUUUCAUCGUGCGGUCAAGAUGCAAGUUUUUCUAUCUACAAUUGGUGCUGGGGGAAAAAAAAACGCCGGCGAUGGAGAUCGUCCUCCGCCGUCGCGGCCGCCGGAGGGGACGCAUCCUCGGACGACGUCUCCCCCAUCGAGCAGGUGCGGCUCACCGUCCCCACCACCGACGCGUCGGUCCCGGUCUGGACCUUCCGGAUGUGGUUCCUCGGCGUGCUAUCGUGCGCCCUGCUGUCGUUCCUGAACCAGUUCUUCUCCUACAGGGCCAGCAGCUGUGAUCACCAGAUCACCGUCCAGGUGGCCUCGCUGCCGGCGGGAAAGUUCCUGGCCGGCGUUUGACUUCUGCCGACGAGGAGGUUCCGGGUCCCGGGGUUCGGGGGCCGGGAGUUCUCGCUGAACCCGGGGCCGUUCAACAUGAAGGAGCACGUGCUGAUCUCGAUAUUCGCGAACGCGGGCUCGGCGUUCGGGAGCGGAUCCGCGUACGCGAUCGGGAUCGUGAACAUUAUCAAGGCGUUCUAUCGGAGGCGCAUUUCGUUCGCCGCUGGAUGGAUGCUGAUCAUCACGACUCAGGUGUUGGGGUACGGGUGGGCUGGGCUGAUGAGGAGGUACGUUGUGGAUCCGGCCCAUAUGUGGUGGCCCGGCACGCUGGUUCAGGUCUCGCUUUUCCGAGCUCUGCACGAGAAAGAGAACACACGAUCCUCACGAGCCAAGUUCUUCACCAUCGCCCUCAUCUGCAGCUUUGCAUGGUAUGCUGUCCCUGGCUACCUCUUCCAGACACUCACAACUGUCUCAUGGGUCUGCUGGGCUUUUCCUAAUUCAAUCCGGGCCCAACAAAUAGGAUCAGGGAUGAAAGGCUUAGGCCUCGGAGCCUUCACUUUAGAUUGGAGCGCAGUCUCCUCUUUCCUCCAGAGUCCUCUCACCUACCCUUUCUUCUCUAUCUUCAAUGUCUUCAUCGGAUACAUUUUCAUGAUUUAUAUUGCCCUUCCAGUUGCUUAUUAUGUUUUCAACCUCUAUAAUGCGAAGAAUUUCCCUAUUUUCUCGUCACAUUUGUUCAAGGCUGAUGGAAACGUGUACAAUAUCACCCAGAUCGUGAAUAACAAGUUUGAGAUUGAUAUGGAAGCUUAUCAACAGCAGGGGAAGAUCAAUUUGAGCAUGUUCUUUGCUAUAAGUUACGGAUUUGGGUUCGCGACGAUUGCUGCUACUCUUACUCAUGUAGCCUUUUUCUAUGGAAGGGAAAUAUAUGAACGAUUUCGAGCUUCAUAUAAAGGAAAAGAUGAUAUCCACACUAAAUUGAUGAAGAAUUAUGAAGAUAUACCUGGGUGGUGGUUUCAUUUGCUUCUGGGGCUAACAAUUACGGUAUCUCUUAUCCUCUGCACAGUCUUGAAGGAUCAAGUUCAGCUUCCUUGGUGGGGGCUCCUCUUUGCAUGUGCCAUGGCCUUUUUCUUCACUCUCCCCAUCAGCAUCAUAACUGCAACCACAAAUCAGACUCCAGGACUGAACAUAAUCACAGAAUAUGUCAUGGGUCUCAUACUUCCUGGAAGGCCAAUUGCCAAUGUCUGCUUCAAAGUUUAUGGAUACAUGAGCAUGUCUCAGGCAGUUUCUUUCCUCGCUGAUUUCAAGCUCGGCCACUACAUGAAAAUCCCUCCCAAAUCUAUGUUCUUGGUUCAGUUUGUAGGCACAAUAAUCGCGGGAACAAUAAACCUCGUCGUCGCAUGGUGGCUCCUCGGCUCCAUCCCAAACAUUUGCGUACCCGUAAACAGCCCGUGGACCUGUCCCGGCGACCGAGUCUUUUUCGACGCCUCCGUCAUCUGGGGCCUCGUGGGCCCCCGCCGGAUAUUCGGCCCCCUGGGCAACUACGCGGCCAUGAACUACUUCUUCUUCUUCGGCGCUCUCGGCCCGGUCAUCGUCUGGCUCCUCCACAAGGCCUUCCCCUCUAAAACCUGGAUCCCCUUGAUAAACCUCCCAAUCCUACUGGGAGCUACUGGCAACAUGCCUCCUGCUACCGCCCUCAACUACAAUGCAUGGGUUGCUGUUGGAACCGUGUUCAACUUCUUCAUAUUUAGAUACAGGAAAAAAUGGUGGGAGAGGUAUAAUUAUAUUCUGUCCGCAGCGCUUGAUGCUGGGGUGGCUUUUAUGAUCACUGUUUCUUUAACUGAUGUUGCUAAGAAGAUUUUGUCUUGGCCUAUUAGUAGAUCUUCAGCUGAGAGAAAUUGGAUUAUUUAUUCCUACAUACAUAAUGUGAAAAGGAAUAGAUUGAAUACUGGAAGGGCGGAUAAGUUAGUAUUCAUCCAUUUAAACAUUCGCCUCCUGUCACGGUUCUGUGAGAACUACAAAGUUUGUCCAUAUAAAGGAUGGGGUAAGGAUCGAAAUAACUUGGAGGACCCUUCAAGUAAGUUGAAGGAGCUCAAAUGGAAUUGUUUGGACUCGGAAUAA